AUUGGAGUUUAUUUUGUCUGUUUAGUGGUAAUGUUUUAUGUCAUUGGUUCUCCGAACCUGCAUUGUUGUCUGGUUGAAGCAAGUAUAGUAUGUUGCGCAGAGUCCACAGUUCUAAGAUGAAGGAAUGCAUGCACAGGGGUCUGGAACUCCCAACAGUUUUGUGCCAGAACUCAUGAAGGCCUUGAUCUGUAGUUUAAUAAUCUUAAUGCCAACCCGAAAAUUUUAUGACAGUCCCAAAGUAGCAAGGCCUAUAUAUUCUGUUAUGUGCAAACGGUCUCUCUAAUCUCCAUACACACAGGUUGUUCCCUCUUAACCUGUACUCAUAGCUGUACAGUACAGUGGAGUGAGUGAAUAAGGGAGGGGGUAGUGGCAGGGAUGGCCCUGAGCCUCAUUGCACUGCAGCUCAAUCCCAGAUUAACUCACUGACGGAGAGACGUUGUCCUGUACUCAACCGAACAUAACCCUACUAUGCUAAAGUGAAAAAUUGAGAAAGUGAUGGAGGUAUUUCUUAUUUUGGAGUGUAUUGUAGAAUGAAGUGGAGGACAGAAGUUAUGGUGUAAAACCUACUAACAGGAGAAGGCUUCAUCCAAGUCUAGUCUGUUCACCCUGGCUAGCCAUGCAUAUUGUAUUAGUGUGAACCUGUACAGUUGAUUUGUGUUUACUGCUUGGUGUAUUUAUAGUCCAAGAUCAAGCGACUCCGAAGGUGAAUUCCUUCGGGGAAUGUUUCCGGAGCUCUCUUGCGGUAGAACGCCAGAGCAAUCACGGACUUUAGCAGAGGUGUCUGAAAAGAGAGCUCUGUUUAGGUCAAGGAUUUCCAAUAGACCUAAACAACCAAGACACUGUGCUUUUGGAGAAGGCAAAUGGUCAGGAGCGAGGGGGGGAGCCAGGACUUCCUACAACAGGUCCCUGGAUGCCCCGCGGCGCAACCUCCUUGGCCACCUGGCUCCCCCUGAUGGCAGGCAGCUGACCCCGCCCCCCAGGAUGACUGUGCGAGAGCGUCUGCGGGACAAGAUCUCAGCAGCAUUCUACCGCCACGGGCUGCUCUGUGCCUCUUACCCGGUGCCCAUCAUCCUCUUCACCUCUGCCAGUAUCCUGACCUGCUGUUACCCUCUGUUGAGGCUGCCUCUGCCAGGUACGGGCCCAGUAGAGUUCACUACUGGGGUCAGAGAUUACAAUGUCCCUUCCCAUGAGCCCCAGGGGGACCUUGGUGAACGACCUGACUGGUACCAGGGUCCUCCUGUGGCGUACAUCCAGCAGGUGUUGGUGAAGGCGGCAGUGUCUCCCUGGGACAGCAGCUUGGUACCGGUGGACGUGUUUCGCUCACCGCUCGGCAGGGUCUUCAGCCUGCUGGAGGAGAUCCGCAACCAUGUAUACUCUGACAGUUCUGGGAUCCGAAGCUUAGAGGCAUUCUGCCUGCAAGUUACAGACCUGUUGCCAGGGCUUCGGCGCAUGCAGGCCCUUCUGCCGGAGCAUGCCUGUCUGCUGAUCUCCCCUGGAAACUACUGGCAAAACCAGCGGGAUCUUUUCGACUCGGACCCUGACCUCCUGAAAACCGUCCACCAGCAUGAGCCCAAAGGCCUGCAUACCUCUGCUACACUGAGAGACCUUCUCUUUGGCGUCCCAGGGAAACACACAGGCGUCACCCUAUACAGCAGGAAGAGGGUGGUCACCUACACCAUCACGAUAGCGCUAGGCAACUAUGACGCCAGGUUCCUGGGGAGCCUGCGGGCACGUCUGAAACAGCUGCACCCCUCUGUGAACUGCAGCCUAAGGGAGGACCACAUGGUGCAUGUCCACUUCAAAGAAGAGAUCGGCAUCGCUGAGCUCAUCCCUUUGGUCACCACUUACAUCAUUCUGUUUGCCUAUAUCUACUUCUCUACACGUAAAAUUGACAUGGUGAAGUCCAAAUGGGGCUUAGCGCUGGCUGCUGUGGUAACGGUCCUGAGCUCUCUGCUCAUGUCUGUGGGGCUCUGCACUUUGUUCGGCCUAACACCAACUCUUAACGGAGGAGAGAUAUUUCCCUACCUGGUGGUGGUGAUUGGUCUUGAGAAUGUUCUCGUCCUUACCAAGUCGGUGGUGUCCACCCCGGUUGACCUUGAGGUGAAACUGCGCAUUGCCCAGGGCCUUAGUAAUGAGAGCUGGUCUAUCAUGAAGAACAUGGCCACCGAGCUUUGCAUCAUUCUCAUCGGGUAUUUCACGUUGGUGCCGGCCAUUCAGGAGUUCUGUCUCUUUGCUGUGGUGGGACUCGUCUCCGACUUCUUCCUUCAGAUGUUCUUCUUUACAACAGUGCUGUCCAUAGACAUCCGCCGCAUGGAGCUUGCCGACCUGAACCGCCGGCUGCCGGCCGAGGCGGGGAUGCCGGCUCCAAAGCCAGGCCCCCUGCGUCCCCGCGAGGUACCGCCACCCCCACGCCCCUCCCCCCACACCAUCACUUUGCAGGCUCCCACCUUCAGGAACCUAAGGCUCCCCAAGAGGCUCCGUGUGGUCUACUUUCUGGCCCGCACUCGGCUGGCACAACGCAUCAUUAUGGCUGGCACAGUGAUCUGGAUUGGUAUCCUGGUUUACACAGACCCUGCGGGCCUCCGCACCUACCUGACUGCCCAAGUGUCAGAACAAAGUCCCCUGGGGGAAGCUGGAGGGGGGCUGCCCUCUCACCUGGGUGUCGCUCCAGUCUUCCCAGGGGCAGACCCCACCAGCACCCUCAGCGUCCUCCCCGCCCCUGAGCCCACCCCCCUUCCCGAGAACCAAUCGCAGGGACACCAUGGGUCGGCCAGGGAAGACGCCCACCCACAUGCACCGCUUGUUCCCCAGAUCAGCUGGGGGAUGGAAGACGAGGAGGGCUGGAGGAGGCUUUCCUUCAGACACUGGCCCUCGCUCUUCAGCUACUACAACAUUACACUGGCUAAGAGGUAUAUUAGCAUCCUGCCCGUCAUCCCCGUCACCCUGCACCUUAGCCCCCAGGAGGCCAUCGAGACACGUCACCCCCAGGACACGCGUCACCCUUCACCCCCCAUCCCCAAGGCCUCGGACCUACAGACCGACCUCACGCUCUACAAGGUGGCAGCUCUGGGCUUGGCUGCAGGUGUCCUGCUGGUACUGCUGCUCUUCUGUCUGUACCGGGUCCUCUGUCCCCGUAACUACGGGCAGAACGGUGUCCCUCAUGGACGCCGUCGCCGUGGAGACCUGCCCUGUGAUGACUACGGCUACUCGCCACCUGUCAGCGAGAUCUCUCCUCUUCUACUGCGUGGACAUAGCAUGGAUAUUGAGUGUCUAGCCAGUGAUGGGAUGCUGUUGGCCAGUUGUUGCCUGGCCGGACAGAUCCGCGUGUGGGAUGCCCAGACCGGUGACUGCCUCACUGUUAUUCCUAAAAUUGGGUUACGGCGAAGCAGCAGCAGUGGCUGCUGGGAGCAACGUGAUGUUUGGGAAGCUGUGGGUAUGGCUGACCACGAGAGCUUGGGGUCAGAGGCCCUGGACGGCCUUUCAGACAUUUCAGGAGAGGAGGGCUACCCCCUACGCAGACGAACUGCCCCUUCCCACCCCGUCCUUUUUAAUGACCAACCCGACCUCACCCCGCUCAUCGACACAAACUUUGCCUUGCAGCCCCCCUCCCACCUUGCCACCCCACCCAGGGAAGGCUUUGAUUUCGGGGGUCUAGUCGAGAAGGCCUACCUUGAGCACGAGCCACCCUCAACAUCCACCUAUCCCCCCAUUUCCUCUUCUCCCCCUUCGGGAACUCAGCUCAAGAGGAGACUGAGCCUAGGGGACAUCCCGGCUCCUCAGGCCCAGGACAGAAGCCCUUCGGGGGGACAGACCUGGACCCCAGACUGGGACAGUUCUGUCUGGGCCAUGGAACUCAGGGGGAACCUUAUAGCUGCUGGAAGGAGCAGCGGCAAACUGGAGCUGUGGGAUGCAGUGGAGGGAUCUUUACGCUGCAGCAAUGAAGAUGGAGUAUCGGGAAUCACAGCACUUGCCUUUCUCAACAACAGGAUUGUGGCAGCUCGAUUAAACGGUUCCCUAGACUUCUUCACUGUUGACAUCAAUAAACCUCUGGGCCUGCUGCAGUACAGAGGGCCGCCCGUUCGUGGCAGCAUGCCCUCCUCGCCCUGCUACAGCAGCGAGGACUUGAUCAGCUGUCAGCUGACCCGCUCUGUACAGUGUGCCCACCAGAAGCCCAUCACCGUGCUUAGAGCAUCGGCGGGAAGGGUCGUUACUGGCAGCCAGGACCACACCGUCAGGGUGUACCGUCUGGAGGACUCGUGUUGUCUCUUUACCCUCCAAGGUCAUUCUGGGGGAAUCACAGCCAUCUACGUUGACCAGACCAUGGUUCUGGCCAGUGGAGGGCAAGAUGGGGCCAUCUGUCUAUGGGACGUCCUAACAGGCAGCCGAGUGAGUCACGUGUAUGGACACCGCGGUGACGUGACAUCGCUGGUGUGCACCACAUUAUGCGUGAUUAGCAGUGGUCUGGACGAUCUGAUAUGUAUCUGGGACCGCAGCACCGGGAUCAAACUCUACUCCAUACAGCAGGAGGUGGGCUGUGGAUCCAGCCUGGGGGUGAUCUCAGAGUCUCUUCUGGUGACAGGGGGCCAGGGCUGCGUCUCCUUCUGGGACCUCAACUUCGGGGACCUGCUUCAGACCGUCUACUUGGGCCAGAGCAGCGAUGGUCAGGGCGUCCGUCAGCUCCUGGUGCUGAACAAUGCUGCGAUCGUCUGCGACUUUGGCAGCGAGCUCAGCCUGGUCUACGUUCCCUCUGUGCUGGAGAAGUUGGACUGAGGAGGGGGCAAAGAGGUAGACGUUGUAGGUGGUGGCCACCUUGUGGCCUGGAGGAACAACAAACAUUCUGAGCUAUGAGUGUACGAGAUGACACUUACUGUUUUCAUCGUUGCCCUUUCAGUAAGCUCUGAGAUGCAUUUUUUUUUUAUGAAUAAAAGCAGACCCAUCUGGCUUGUUCCACUUGCAUGCAGGGCAGUUGCUGUAGCCAUGGUAUACUUUUUCACUAAAGCUCGAUCCUGAAUGUGGAUGAACCUAUGGACAGAAUAGGAGUCCUGGAACAAGAGUGAAUCAGCUAUGAAGUUGGAGGUCUGUUUGACCCUGAACUUUAGCAUAAUUUUGGGUGGUUGUACUUGAGCUUUAAAAUGUCUGGGGUUUACUAAUCUCAAGAGCUCCUCACCCAAUGCUCUGACAGUUAGUGCUUUUUUGUACACAAUAUUCAGGCACUGCCCUCUAUGCUGCUUGUGGAUGUGUCUUCUUUAAAACCCACCCACCUGGAAAGGAAUAUUUACAAACGUUUUUAUAUUCCUCCUUGCUGCCUAGCUAGAAAAUCAGUGUAGUGACCACGGAAACUUUAAGAGCUAUCUUGGGCCAAUGGCCUGGGCUCAGCAGUUACUUGUGUGUGUGUGUGUGUGUGUUCAAGUGAAUGUGUUUGAGUGGGAGAGACUGAGUUGAAGGAACUGUGUUGAUUAUUUUAAGGCUAAACACUGCUGAAACGGAACAAAAAUCAGAAAUGGUGUGAAAGGGUCUGUGCGGUCAUUUGUUUAUAAUAGAGGGAAAAUUGGAUAUGAUUACUGUAACUAAAUGAACCUACAAGGGGGUUGUUUGUAUGUUUAAAUCUAUUAUUUAUUAGUGAUGCAUUUUGAAAUUAACAAAGUGUUUGAUAAUUGUUUAACUUGACUUUUACAAGAUAUUAUAAUGUGGAAAAGAUGUCAUAAAUGUGAGAUGGUAAUGGUGAUUAAUAUAAUUGGUUUUGCUAGAAAUAUUAUUGAAAACCAUGAUUUAUUUUUGACUUGAGCAGGGUAGAGGCUCUAAACCUUAAUACCAGUUUUUGAGCUGUUAUUAUGCCAUUACUGAAGCUAUGAUAGUCCAUCUGAUCCGAUAGAGCGGAGGCCUAAAUACAUCAGGCCUCUUUAAGACCAUGUUCAUACAUUUCUUCCAAACUUUUGAAUAGCAUUUUGUAUCCGUUGGCGCGCAUUAAGUUUACCAAUCCUCCUAUCAAAUGUACCCAAAAUAGAUUUUAUAUCUGCAAACACAUUUUGCACAUUGAUAGAGGAGUAUUUGUUAUUUAAUGGUUUACAUUCAUCCCAAAAAUAUACUACUUUCUUCAACUUAGUGUGUACCCUGAUACACAUAUCGAAUGACAAUCCAACAUCAAGUCCAUUUCAACUGCAAUCAUUUCUUUCUUUGCCUUUUCUUGAUCAGUCCUUCAAGUUUUUAUUGUUUUUAAUCCUAACUUUUUUCUAAGUGUUGUUUAUAAGGAUGUGGUCAGGUACUUGAAGGAAGAAGGCACCUAAUAGGCAACCCUCAUAGGUCUGUUUGAGAUCCUCCCAUGUCCCUUGAAUCUCUCACUUCUGCACAAAAGCUCUGAGAAUGUAGUGUGCAUCGCAGGGGACAGCCUGCAACAUGUAUUAGGCUUGACAUGAACAACAUGGUCCUGGUCGCUCAACCUUCACACACCCACACAAACCUACUGCACUAGCUGGUUGAAUGUUGACCCAUGACGCUUGAUGAGCAGAUCCUUUCGGAACACUAACUUGUGCACUAACUGUUAACCCUCUCGAAUGCACAUGAUCAAACAUGCACUUUCAAAACAUCGACACAUGCACACAGACAUUCAGACACGUAGAUACUGACCUUUUAACGGCUUCAAACGCACACAUCAGACGUGAUUUCAGGGAUGCACUGUUCUUCAAGGUCAGCUGUGUCUGUUGGUUUUCAUUCAUCAUUUAAAUCAAGUCAUGCAUUUACUGUUACUGUAGAAUAAAUCAUGUAUAGGUAUUAUGAGAAUUCUAAUAUGUGGGCAUUUAAACCCUCUUUGUUAACACUGGUUUAACAAUGGCAUGAAUUGAAAUCUGAAUGAAGGAUAAAGGGAAAUCAAGUGACACCUCUUGUGAGUUGUGCAUCCCUGAACCUGAGUAUAACCAUUCUAAUUUAUUAGCUUUGCUUUAUGGAUGUAAAUAAAUACUAGGGGAUAUGGCUUUAGAGGAGAUGUGUACGUUAACUUUUUAUUAGUUUUUUUGUUAUCAAAUUUUGGAUAAUGUACAUUUCAUUUAUAUUGAGGGGCGGGGGAAUUGCUUGAAUAACGGUUUGGGGAGACGCUAUAUAACGUUUUGUAGAUUAACUGUUCAAACAAAACUUUUUUGUCAUUAGAUGCUGCCUUUCCUUAUCUCUUUGGGUUCACAAAAAUAUGAAUGUUCCCACCAUCUAGAAUUUGUAGUUUCUUUCAGUUCACAGAUCCAGCCUCGAAUAUCAUUUCAAGCCUCAAACUGUGGCGUGACGGUUAUUGUGAGGUAUAUGUGGGGUUUACAGAUAAUUGUGACAGAGCCCAUGUCAGCACUCCUGUCACUUGUUCUACCAAAUACAGGAUGGGAAGUAGGACUGGAACAAAUAGAAGUUUGGAUUCCCUGUGAAACCAUGGGCCUGCUCUUCUCCUCUUCCCAUAAAACUCUUCCCUUACUCAGUUGGCUACUUAAUGUAUACAUACAGGCUGUAGUGGAGAUGGAACUAAUGUUCUGUUCUAUUUUACUAUUUUUAACAAGAAUACAACUUUGUACUAAUUUCCAAAUAAAGAGGUUUUGAUACCUUUAA